AUGACAACUGAGAUUCUCCUGCCAGGUCCAUGGCGCGAGUUCCUGGUGUCCAAAGCCCGCCAUGGCCUCCCGUUGUACAUCCUGAUACCCAUUCUUCUCGUCGCCAUCAAGGUCUCAGUCGGGCUUCAUCGCAGGAUCUCCCGCGCCCGCCGGGCCCGCAAGCUCUCAUGCCGCCCGCCGCCCCUCGAACCCUCGAGCCUCCCCCUCGGCAUCGACACCGUCCUCUCCUCCCUGCGCGCCGACCGGGAGCAACGCACGCCGGACCACGUCGCCGCGCGCUUCGCCGCCCUCGGCGCGUACACGUUCCGCAUUUCCCUCCUGGGCACGACGAACCUCGUCACGGCCGACCCGCGCAACAUCCAGGCCCUCCUCGCCACGCAGUUCUCCGACUUUGGCAUGGGCCUGGCCCGGAGCACCAGCCUCAAGACGGUGCUCGGCCGCAGCAUCUUCGCCGCCGACGGGGCGCCGUGGCGGGCCGCGAGAGAGAUGAUGAGGCCACUGUUCAGCCGCGACAACGUCUCGAGGCUCGACCUGCUGGAGGCGCACAUCCAAACGCUGUUCCUCUGCAUCGAGAAGGACUCGAUUACCACAUCAGAUGGUCGCUGGUCUGGCGCCGUAAGCCUCGCCUCGCUGUUCCCUUUUCUCACGCUCGACUCCGCGACAGAGCUAUUCCUCGGCCGGAGCACGUCCACCCUCGAAGCGCAUCUCCGGGGCGACGCCUCCCACCUGGGGACGGCGUUCAAUCGCGCGUUCGAGCGCAUGCUCACGAUCCUCGGUACUCGCAUGCGCCUGCGCAGCCUGUACUGGCUCUACGGCACCAAGGAGCUGCAGUCCUGCGUCGCGACCCUCCACGCCUUCGUCGACGACGCCGUCGCCGCCUCCGACCGCGCGCGGGCUCAGGGCUCCUCCCUGGCGCCGUACGACUUCCUCGACGUCCUGCGCGAGCGCUGCGCCGGCGGCGACGGGGAGGUAAGGGAGCAGGUCCUCGGCCUCCUCGCCGCCGGCCGGGACACGACCGCCUCGCUGAUGGGCUGGGCGUGGUACUGCCUCGUCCGCAACCCGCGCGUGUUCGCCAAGCUCCGCGCCGAGGUCCUCGCGGCGUUCGGGCCCGACGCGCCCCCGGAACAGCCCGCCGCCACCGCGGUGACCUUCGCGUCCCUGAAGCAGUGCGCGUACCUCCAGCACGUCCUCUCCGAGACCCUCCGCCUGCACUCCGUGGUGCCGUUCAACUCGCGCCGCGCGCUGCGCGACACGACCCUCCCCGCGGGCGGCGGGCCCGACGGCGAGAGCCCCGUGUUCGUGCCCGCGGGCACCGAGGUCAACUUCAGCACGCACGUCUUGCACCGACGCCCGGACGUCUGGGGCGAGGACGCGGGCGAGUUCGUGCCGGAGCGGUGGGAGGCGAAGAGGGGCGCGGCGGGCGCGGCGUGGCACUUUGUGCCGUUCAACGCCGGGCCGAGGAUCUGCAUCGGACAACAGAUGGCGUUGACGGAGGCCGGGUACGUGAUUGUGAGGAUGCUCCAGCGGUACGACGCCGUGGAGGGGUUAGACGUAGAUACGCGCCGGGACUGGCACAACUUCACCGUGGUCUGCAGUCCGGGGAGCCCGGUCGACCGGCACGAGGAGGUGCUCUGUCGGUUGAGAGUUGCUCGGAAGUGA